AUGCACAGCGACUCCCCAAUAAACUACAGCCCUCUCGACACAUAUAACGCCGGCGCGGCGUGGCAGCACGCGCUGCGAGCGGCCCCGCUCUGCGAGCAACUGCCGCAGCUGUCCAACACGCCAGACGAGCUAGACGACAUGUGCUACGAUGAGCUGGAUAUGUACGCCGAGCUGUCGGGGCUGCCCCCGCCGGGCUCGGUGGGCGACGAGGACAUUUUCGCGCUGGACGAGGACGCGCAGUGCGCGGCCGGCCCCGGGCCCAGCGCGGCGGCGCACCCGCUGCCGCGCAUGAUCGACGUGACCAAGGGCUGCGAGCUGCCGGCGGACAUUGAGUUCGCCAACGCGGCACGGGACAACUACCGGCUGUGGCUGGCGAGCGUGUAG